AUGGAACAAGGAUUGUUCGAUGCGACCCAACAGGCUGAAGCCAAAGAUAUCAUAGGAAACAUCUCAAAACUCAAGUAUGAGAUGACGCAUGAUCGAGCAUUGUCACCUUUAGGCGUGACCGCAUCUAAUGCUUCCAGAAUUGGCUCGUUUUUUGCUCCAUCUACGGAGCCAUACGAUGAUCUAAUUGAGCGUACCAAGCCCACCUGGUACAAAUCAGAUUGGCUUUUCACUGAAUGCUACUUGUAUCGACGGCUAAGGCAUAUUUUUGAAAGGUCAGCAAAAUGGAGAGACUUUGAUCCAUUUUUGGAGCUCAAGAACAAUGCAUUUCGUGCAUCUGGUCUGGGUAUAUAUGCAUGUGCGGUGUGGAUGCAUGAGCUUCUUUCGCAGUCUCAAACGCAUGCCGCCUCCAGCCAUGAAACACAAGCGACGUUCAAUGACCUCAUCUAUUCAUCUCUCUGGGGCAACGCAACAGAUCUGAGCCUUUUGCUCCAGGUCGACAAAGAGGAGCUUCAGAAGCUUCAAGUGGAUUCGGAGCACGAACGAAACCGCAAGCUCCAGCAUGUGCUUGUAAACGACGUGGAUGCUGUAUGGCGCAAGCUCCGCAGUGUCCGCCAUGGCCGUGUUGAUAUGGUCUUGGACAAUGCCGGCUUCGAGCUUGUUACAGACUUUAUGCUGGCCGAGUUUUUGCUCACACUUCGAGGUCCCAUUCCGUCUGCGUCUGAAGAGCGUGCUAACGACAUCGAAGGACGCAUCUACCGUAUACAACGACGCAUUACUGAGACUUGCCAACAACAAAACUUGCCAAAAAAGCCUCGACUUUUAGUCGUGUCGAAGCUACAGCCGCCAUCUGCUCUUAUGGCUGCUUAUGAUCGCACCGGACAGCGUCAUUUUGGCGAAAACUAUGUGCAAGAGCUGAUCGAAAAAGCUAGAGUUCUUCCUGAUGAUAUACAGUGGCACUUUAUCGGCGGUCUUCAAAGCAACAAAGCAAAGCUUCUAGCAGCCGUGCCCAACUUAUAUGCUGUGCAAUCAGUCGACUCGGAGAAGCUUGCUUUGGGGUUGGAAAAAACGCUAGCCAAGCCAGAACAUGCGUCGCUUCGAAAAGCGCCUCUUUAUGUAUAUAUCCAAGUCAAUACCAGUGGCGAGGCAGGGAAGAGCGGUGUACCUGCCAUGGACGCACCCUGGGAUGGAAAUUCUAGCAAUAAGCCACCACUUCUUUCGUUGGCGCAGACCAUCAUGCUAGCUUGUCCCCACAUGCGCUUCUCUGGUCUUAUGACAAUUGGCGCAUUGACCAAUAGCCAGUCUGUGCAGGGUCAUGAAGAGCGUGAGAAUCCUGAUUUCUUGGCACUUGUUAAGUCCCGAAAAUACCUUGCGCAGGCACUUGAACAGGACUCUGAGUUCCAAGCCAAGCUAUCGAACACGUCGUUUUGGGCACCGCAAGGCAAUCUCCAAAAUGUAUAUGGAACACUGCGUGAACAUGACUUGGAGCUCAGCAUGGGUAUGUCGGCAGAUAUGUCGUCGGCCAUUGCUAUGGGAAGCACCUGUGUGCGUAUUGGAAAUGACAGUUUCGGUGCACGCACGACGAAUAGUGAAGCAGCAUCCGUGCGUGAGGCCGAGCUGGAUGCAUGCACAGACGUUCCUCUGAUCAAGGAGGUCGUAUUCCACACGAAAAACAUGCCUUGGUUUGUAAGCGAUGCGUGUGUGCCUGAUGUGUGGCGUAUGCUUGACCAACUGUCGCAACCCAGCUUUUUUGCUGACGCGCCUUCAUUUCCAUCACUGGAGCCUGUUCAUGCAAUGGCGCAGCGAUGGCACAUGUACUUUUCUUCCGGUCAAUUCCGUCUCGCUAUGCCACAUGAUGCACCUCUUGGUGCGAGUGUGAAUGAUUUGAGCGACUACUGGACGUGGCCCGAUAGCUAUGGACUACUGCCGGAACGUGCGCCUAAUCUGCAUCGUGAACUCCAAGCAUCUGACUUAGUGAUCUUCAAAGGCGACCUGAACUAUCGUAAACUGACCCAAGACGCCCAAUGGCCGCCGACGACGCCGUUCAUUCGAGCCUUAGGGCCGUUGGCAGGCACGACGAAUGUUGUGGCACUUCGCACAUGCAAAGCUGAGGUGUGUGUGGGUCUGAAAGAAGGCCAAGCAACGGAAUUGGAUGCAUGCGAUUCUUCAUGGCGCACCAACGGUCGCUGGGCAGGUACGUAUGAGUAUCCGGCACACAGUCGGCUUUCGAGGGGGGAGGUCCGUCUGAUCACUCACACCAUUGGAACAGUCAUUCAGUGGGCCGAUGCACGUCUUCAACGUAGUGCGUAA